AUGUUGCCUUCACAGGAAGCGGCCAAGAUUUACCAUGACAACUACAUGCGGAACUCUCGCGCCAUCGGAGUACUCUGGGCGAUAUUGACCAUAUGUUUUGCCAUCAUCAACGUGGUUGUCUUCAUUCAGCCCUACUGGAUCGGGGACAGCGUGAGCACACCGCAGGUGGGUUACUUCGGUUUGUUUCACCAGUGCGUUGGGAGUGGACCGCCCAACCGAGAGCUCGACUGCACGGGCAGCUUCACUGAGUUCAGCUCCAUCCCCUCCGGUGCCUUCAAAGCGGCCUCGUUCUUCGUACUGCUGUCCAUGAUUCUGGUUCUUGGCUGCAUCGCCUGCAUGGCGCUCUUCUUUUUCUGCAACACCGCCAGCGUCUACAAAACCUGUGCCUGGAUGCAGCUCCUAUGUGGUAUGUAUAAAACCAAUGGAAAUUCCGUUACACAAUAUUGUUCCAGCGCAUUUAAUCACAGACAUUCAUGCAGGCACUCAUUAAUUUAAGGAGAUAUCAUUUCCUGAUGAUAAACUGCCCCUGCACUUGAAUAUUUAUGAAAUUCUCCUUGAACAGUUUUGAAGAGGAUUAUCGGUAUCUGCAGAUAAGGUGUAGGCUAUGUUUGAUUCGUUCAUCAAUUCGAGUCAGUUAGAUAGUGUGGUUGUAGUGCCAAAUCUCCAGCUGACCUAUUGGAUUGUGGGGGAUUUGGAUUGAUGAGAUUACAACACAUGGAGAGAUGGUUCAGUUGAUGUUUUUGAAAAUUACAUUUGGGGAUAUGAUUUUCAUUGGUAUGUCAACAGAUGACUGAACACACAUGGAUCUGCAACACUGGUUACAAGUUACAUGCAAACAACCUUGUCAAAACAUGCUGCUUGUGCUGUUGCUAUUGCUAAGGAUGUUGGGUUGGAUCUAGAGGCAGAUUAGAUUAACCUCGCCACAAAAACAUUUUUACUUCACAUUUCUACACAGAUUCCAGGCUCUGCUGGCUUACUGGCAGUGGAAGUUGUGUCUCUUCAUGUAGAAUCCGUCUGUGGUACCAUUGUCUCUCAGUCAUGAGUCAUGGAACUGUGGGAGGAAGACCGAUAUCCUAUAGGCUGCCACAAUCACCCACAUUGAGCUCAUGAGAUUGCAGAUGAAGCAUUCAUUUGCUCAACAAAUCGGUCUCAAAAACAGACAACACACAACAAAAUGCCUCCUUGUGUUGGGGUGGAUGCAUUCCUUCAACCAGGACCUAACCACAUAGAGAGCUGCCCUUCUGAUAAAUAGAAGAAAAGAAACAAAAUGAGAGUUCUCAUUUUCAGGGAUAUGAAAAUGGGGCGUGUCUAUAUGGAACUUAAUUCACUCACUCCCACUCAGAUCUAUACCUCCAGGAGCUUCCAGGGCAGUUAUAACUUGAUCAGUGGGAUAUGCACCAACGUGUGGGAGUAAGAUUACCACAGCAGUCAGCAAACUGAGAGAAGAAAAAUAUCAGCAGUUUUAUUCUGUUUGAAUGAUCACCAAUCAAACAGAGUUUCCAUGACAUACUCUUUCCUCUUAGGAUGCCGGAACACUCACUGUAUGCACUCUUACGAAAUGAGACAAAAAAAACAUCCAUGAAGAUAUCAAUGCUGGUAUUCACAAAGCAAGUGCACACACCUGGGUCUUUUUAUCUGACCAUCUCUGUGUUUGCAAUUGAGUCCCUUUCCCAAUUGCUGAUGGAUCAACUCCAUUUCGGUACAGGGUAUAGCCUUGUGAUGAGGCUGCCUCUGCUGCCUUGUGUAAAGGUGAAAGGCCUGAUGGUGUUGGCUAUGAGAGGCCUGAUAGAGUUGGCUAUGAGAGGCCUGAUAGUGUUGGCUAUGAGAGGCCUGAUGGUGUUGGCUAUGAGAGGCCUGAUAGUGUUGGCUAUGAUAGGCCUGAUGGUGUUGGCUAUGAGAGGCCUGAUGGUGUUGGCUAUGAGAGGCCUGAUAGUGUUGGCUAGGAGAGGCCUGAUUGUGUUGGCUAGGAGAGGCCUGAUAGUGUUGGCUAGGAGAGGCCUGAUAGUGUUGGCAAUGAGAGGCCUGGUAGUGUUGGCAAUGAGAGGCCUGAUAGUGUUGGCUAGGAGAGGCCUGAUUGUGUUGGCUAGGAGAGGCCUGAUAGUGUUGGCUAGGAGAGGCCUGAUAGUGUUGGCAAUGAGAGGCCUGGUAGUGUUGGCUAUGGGCCUAUUGCUCUCUAACUACUGAGGAGAUGAUAGUUUCAUAAGCUGCUGUAUCCUGGGCCGUGGCAGAGAGCCGUGGCAGUGUGUGGUGCCAACAGCGUGCCAGAGCUGGGCAGAGGACCAGCUGCUCCUCCCAGUGCCCAUGGGGACUACCAUCAUACCCCAUGGUUCUCCUUUCAGUGCCCAUGGGGACUACCAUCAUACCCCAUGGUUCUCCUUUCAGUGCCAAUGGGGACUACCAUCAUACCCCAUGGUUCUCCUUUCAGUGCCAAUGGGGACUAUGAUAAUUUAAUAUGCCUUUUGGCAGACGCUUUUAUCCAAAGCGACUUACAGUCAUGUGUGCAUAAUUUUUUUAAAACGUAUGGGUGGUCCCGGGGAUCGAACCCACUACCCUGGCGUUACAAGCACCAUGCUCUACCAAUCGAGCUACAGAGGACCACGAAGAUCUAACUUUUAGACUACCAUCAUACCCCAUGGUUCUCCUCUUUAGUCAGGAGAGGUCAAUGUUAUAUGUUGUACUGUUUAUACAAAACCGUAAACUGUACUGUUCUCCCAUUCUCCCUUUGCAGUUACAUCAUGGACAGAAAAGUUAGAUGACGAGACAGAACAUAAUGACGCAGCCUUACUCAGUGAGUUGAUAUGGCAUGAUCUCUGCACUGCCUGUCUGCUCCACUCUCACUCUCAGAGCAGCGCUUCUAGAACAGCAGAGCUGGCGACCGCUCCCUUAAGCCAUUUCACUGGUGCCCUGCAACUGUGUUAGACAGCAGCAGGAGAAAUCACACACUCCAUUCCAAACACAUCGAGAGAGGGAUGGAGAGCGUACUGACAGAAAUAGAAACAGACAAAGUCACAGGGCCAUGCAAGUGUAGUGAAAAUAGUGUAGUAGAAAUAAAAUGUCUACUACAGUACAUAACUUACAAGAGGAUAGCCUGAUUUCUAUGGGCCGGUGGUUUCCAACUCUAUUCCCCAUCUCUCCACUGAUGUCCUGACCCUGUCUGUCUAAAAUAUUCAACAGAACUAAGGGAGGGAACAACCUGGUGUUCUGCUCCACUCUGCUCGGGGUACAACUAGCUAUUCCUGUAGCAGCAUACCAAAUGCCUGUUCAGUUACCUCAGGGUUCUACUACUGUUUCUGGCCUUGAGCAAGGUCCUGAGACUGACAUCUAAGGCCAAUUCUUUGAGGCAAUAUUGAUGAGUGAUGUUGCUGGCAACGGAGUGGGGAAUGGGACACUGGAGCAAUGAGCACAUGGACAUGAAUGGUAUAUUUCAUAUGAAGAAGCACAGAUCAAUUUCCCCAUUUAUUUACUCAUCUCCUAUAGCUUGUUGUUGUCAGUUGACUGACACAUCUGUACUGAAAUGUAUCAGCUAACAAACAAGCAACAAAGAGGUGUUGCCACUGCCCUGGGCAUCCACUCAACCUACUGCCAGUCAAGUCAAUGGCAACACAGACAUAAGGAUAACUAGUGUGGCAGACCAGGGGGUUUGAUCAAGACGUUUACACAGAUCAGACACAAGUGUGAUACCUCAGUUUCAAGGUGUUUAUUUCAAACAAUAAAGAAAACGAAGAGAAACCAGUCUCCUCCAGGAGACCUCUUCCGGGUCACCGCCUUCUGGGCUCCGGGGAAUGCUGUCUCCUCUGGGGUAGAACACAGAGCCCCUCGGUUCUAGCAGACCGUGAGAACGUCUGUCCGGUAGCAAUCUCUCUACCUCCAACCCUCCCGUGUGCUGCUCUCCUGGCAGCUUUAUGGGCCCUGUACGGCUGGUGAGCAAUCAGCCCCUUGAUUACUCACCACCCUCAAUCAGCCCCAAUUAGUCCUGGCCGGAGGACCCGUCGAGACCUGGCACGUCCAGCAGAGGGAUCCACCGCCGCGUGAUAUAGACUCCGUCUGUCACCAGGCCUCGACGAGUCUCCCCCUGGUGGCUUGUCUGCGGUACGCCACACUAGAUUUAGAAAACAUUUUACAUCACAAAUCUAAGAUAGGAAGUAUACAUGGUAUUCAUCAAGCUAGCCAGCUAGUUAAACAUACAAAAACAAUCUAAAACUAAAUGUAAAAUCUACAUGGCUAGCUAGCUAGCGAAUUAGCCUGUUUGUCCCAUUUACUUAGCAUGGGUUGCUGUUAGCAUGCUAAUCGAUUAACAUGCGCACCAUCAUGGAUAUUUUCAGAAGUUAACCUUUUACUGCAGUGGGCUAAAUCAGGGUCACACAGAGUGAUUCUUGGUAUACUUAUAGAAGAGAUAAGGCGGGAGCGAAGGACACUGUGUGCUAGCUUAGCCAUCUAGUCCUAUGGAGGACUCCGGUACACAGCAGGUGGGAGGCGGGGGCGACACCGUGUGCUAGCUAACUAGUCCUAUGGAGUCAUUAACUAGCGUUCAUAUAGGAACCAAUGGGGUAUUCUGCCACUGUGUACUCUCUGUUUAGGGCCAAAUAGCAUUCUCGUUUGCUCAGUUCUUUUGUUGAUUCUUUCCAAUGUGUCAAGUAAUUCUCUUUUUGUUUUCUCAUGAUUUGGUUGGGUCUAAUUGUGUUGCUGUCCUGGGGCUCUGUGGGGUCUGUUUGUGUUUGUGAACAGAGCCUCAGGACCAGCUUGCUUAGGGGACUCUUCUCCAGGUUCAUCUCUCUGUAGGUGAUAGCUUUGUUAUGGAAGGUUUGGGAAUCACUUCCUUUUAGGUGGUUGUUGAAUUUAAUGGCUCUUUUCUAGAUUUAGAUAAUUAGCGGUUAUCGGCCUAAUUCUGCUCUGCAUGCAUUAUUUGGUGUUUUACAUUGUACACAGAGGAUAUUUUUGCAGUAUUCUGCAUGCAAAGUCUCAAUUAGCUGUUUGUCCCAUUUUGUGAAUUCUUGGUUUUGAGCGGACCCCAGACCUCACAACCAUAAAGGGCAAUGGGUUCUAUAACUGAUUCAAAUAUUUUUUGCCAGAUCCUAAUUGGUAUGUCGAAUUUUAUGUUCCUUUUGAUGGCAUAGAAGGCCCUUCAUGCCUUGUCUUGUGGCGCUGAUGUUUAGGCCGAGGUAUGUAUAGUUUUUUGUGUGCUCUAGGGCAACAGUGUCUAGAUGAAAUGUGUAUGUGUGGUCCUGGCAACUGGACCUUUUUUGGAACACCAUAAUUGAUGUCUUACUGAGAUUUUCUGUCAGGGCCCAGGUCUGACAGAAUCUGUGCAGAAGAUCUAGGUGCUGCUGUAGGCCCUCCUUGGUUGGGGACAGAAGCACCAGAUCAUCAGCAAACAGUAGACAUUUGAGUAGGGUGAGGCUGGGUGCUGCAGACUGUUCUAGUGCCCUCGCCUAUUCGUUGAUAUACACUGCUCAAAAAAAUAAAGGGAACACUAAAAUAACACAUCCUAGAUCUGAAUGAAUGAAAUAAUCGUAUGAAAUACUUUUUUCUUUACAUAGUUGAAUGUGCUGACAGCAAAAUCACACAAAAAUUAUCAAUGGAAAUCAAAUGUAUCAACCCAUGGAGGUCUGGAUUUGGAGUCACCCUCAAAAUUAAAGUGGAAAACCACACUACAGGCUGAUCCAACUUUGAUGUAAUGGCCUUAAAACAAGUCAAAAUGAGGCUCAGUAGUGUGUGUGGCCUCCACGUGCCUGUAUGACCUCCCUACAACGCCUGGGCAUGCUCCCGAUGAGGUGGCGGAUGGUCUCCUGAGGGAUCUCCUCCCAGACCUGGACUAAAGCAUCCGCCAACUCCUGGACAGUCUGUGGUGCAACUUGGCGUUGGUGGAUGGAGCGAGACAUGAUGUCCCAGAUGUGCUCAAUUGGAUUCAGGUCUGGGGAACGGGCGGGCCAGUCCAUAGCAUCAAUGCCUUCCUCUUGCAGGAACUGCUGACACACUCCAGCCACAUGAGGUCUAGCAUUGUCUUGCAUUAGGAGGAACCCAGGGCCAACCGCACCAGCAUAUGGUCUCACAAGGGGUCUGAGGAUCUCAUCUCGGUACCUAAUGGCAGUCAGGCUACCUCUGGCGAGCACAUGGAGGGCUGUGCGGCCCCCCAAAGAAAUGCCACCCCACACCAUGACUGACCCACCGCCAAACCGGUCAUGCUGGAGGAUGUUGCAGGCAGCAGAACGUUCUCCACGGCGUCUCCAGACUCUGUCACGUCUGUCACAUGUGCUCAGUGUGAACCUGCUUUCAUCUGUGAAGAGCACAGGGUGCCAGUGGCGAAUUUGCCAAUCUUGGUGUUCUCUGGCAAAUGCCAAACGUCCUGCACGGUGUUGGGCUGUAAGCACAACCCCCACCUGUGGACGUCGGGCCCUCAUACCACCCUCAUGGAGUCUGUUUCUGACCGUUUGAGCAGACACAUGCACAUUUGUGGCCUGCUGGAGGUCAUUUUGCAGGGCUCUGGCAGUGCUCCUCCUGCUCCUCCUUGCACAAAGGCGGAGGUAGCAGUCCUGCUGCUGGGUUGUUGCCCUCCUACGGCCUCCUCCACAUCUCCUGAUGUACUGGCCUGUCUCCUGGUAGCGCCUCCAUGCUUUGGACACUACGCUGACAGACACAGCAAACCUUCUUGCCACAGCUCGCAUUGAUGUUCCAUCCUGGAUGAGCUGCACUACCUGAGCCACUUGUGUGGGUUGUAGACUCCGUCUCAUGCUACCACUAGAGUGAAAGCACCGCCAGCAUUCAAAAGUGACCAAAACAUCAGCCAGGAAGCAUAGGAACUGAGAAGUGGUCUGUGGUCACCACCUGCAAAACCAGUCCUUUAUUGGGGGUGUCUUGCUAAUUGCCUAUAAUUUCCACCUGUUGUCUAUUCCAUUUGCACAACAGCAUGUGACAUUUAUUGUCAAUCAGUGUUGCUUCCUAAGUGGACAGUUUGAUUUCACAGAAGUGUGAUUGACUUGGAGUUACAUUGUGUUGUUUAAGUGUUCCAUUUUAUUUUUUUUAGCAGUGUAUAUGUUGAAGAGGGUGGGGCUUAAGCUGCAUCCCUAUCUCACCCCAUGGCCAUGUGGAAUAAAUGUGUGUGUUUUCUGGGUCUCUUAGGUUUUUGCAUUCUUCAUCAAACCAUUUGUCAUUGUUGUUAAUUUUCUUAGGUUUUCUGCUUGAAAGUUUUUGAUUUGAUAGGGAAGCUGAGAGGUCAAAUAUACUGUUUAGGUUUUCUACUGCCAAGUUUACACCUUCACUAUUACAGUGAAACGUUUUGUCCAGGAAGUUGUCUAAAAGGGAUUGAAUUUGUUGUUGCCUAAUAGUUUUUUGGUAGGUUUCCACACUACUUUCCUUCCAUCUAUAGCAUUUUUUAAUAUUAUUCAGUUCCUUUGGCUUUGAUGCCUCAUGAUUGAGUAUUGCUCUGUUCAAGUAGACUGUGAUUUUGCUGUGAUCUGAUAGGGGUGUCAGUGGGCUGACUGUGAACGCUCUGAGAGACUCUCGGUGAUAAGUAGUCUACAGUACUACUGCCAAGAGAUGAGCUAUAGGUGUACCUACCGUAGGAGUCCCCUCGAAGCCUACCAUUGACUAUGUACAUACCCAGCGUGCGACAGAGCUGCAGGAGUUGUGACCCUUUUUUGUUGGUUAUGUUGUCGUAGUUGUGCCUAGAGGGGCAUAUGGGGGAGGGAAUGCUGUCACCUCCAGGUAGGUGUUUGGCCCCCUGUGUGCUGAGUGUGUCAGGUUCUUGUCCAGUUCUGGCAUUUAGGUCGCCACAGACUAGUACAUGUCCCUGGGCCUGGAAAUGAUUGAUUUCCCCCUCCAGGAUGAAGAAGCUGUCUUCAUUAAAGUAUGGGGAUUCUCUCUCUCUCUCUCUUUCUCUGUGUCUGUGUCUUUGUGGUGUUUGAUGUGCGUGAGCCACAUGUGUGAAGUGUUAUAUAACAGGAGAGGCAGCUCAUUAUGAUGAUCUUGUUCCUGUGGUCCUCUUCAGGGAGACGGCUUCCUCACUUUAAUAUCCCCAUUCGUUCAGUACCAGCAGGGGUGUUUUGUUUCCCCUAGUUCACAUGUUCUUCAGUCUCCCUGUGUUACUGUAAAAAUGCUCUUUGUUCAUCUACUGUAAUGUAUGCUGUGUGUGUGUGUGUGAAAAAAGAUGUGCUGCAUUUUGUGUGUGUGUGCGAGCAUCCGUGUAUAGGUAUGUGUGUGUGUGUAAGUUCAUGCACGGGAGUGUUUUCCAUAAGCUUGCAGAAGGAGGUGUUGUAAGAGUUACUUUACAUAGAAAUAAAGGGGAGAGUUUAUGGGAUUACAUUUACAUUUAUGGGAUUACAUUACAGAGUCAUUUAGCAGACGCUCUUAUCCAGAGCAAUUUACAGUGCCUUCAGAAAGUAUUCAUACCCCUCUACACACAAUACCCCAUAAUGACAAAGUGAAAACAUGUUUUUUGAAAUGUUUGCACAUUUAUUGAAAAUGAAAUACAGAAAUAUCUCAUUUACAUACUGUAAGUAUUCACACCGCUGAGUCAAUACAUGUUAGAAUCACCUUUGGCAGCGAUUACAGCUGUGAGUCUUUCUGGUAGGCCGGGGAGGCCAGGGGCCAGGGAGACUGGGGAGGCCAGCAGGCCAUGGAGGCCUGGGGGAGCUGGGGAGGCCAGGGGCCAGGGAGGCUGGGGAGGCCAGCAGGCCAUAGAGCCUGGGGGGGCUGGGAAGGCCAAGGGCCAGGGAGGCUGGGGAGGCCAGCAGGCCAUGGAGGCUGGGGGGGGUGGGGAGGCCAGGGGCCAGGGAGGCUGGUGAGGCUAGGGAGGGAUCUAGUACACACUGCUAAGUGUUACUCACUAGUGAACCAACCCUCAGGGGAAGCUUUACAGGGCUGACCAAGGAGGAGAAAGACAAUUCCUAUAGAACAGAGCCCCAAAAACACACCAAGCCCUAGAAACCCACCGUCCUAGUAACACACCAAGCCCUAGAAACACACCAAGCCCUAGAAACACACCAAGCCCCAAAAACACACCAAGCCCUAGAAACACACCAAGCCCUAGAAACACACCAAGCUCUAGAAACACACCAAGCUCUAGAAACACACCAAGCCUAUAAAACACACCAAACCCUAGUAACACCCCAAGCCCCAAAAACACCCCAAGCCCCAAAAACACACCAAGCCCUAGAAACACACCAAGCCCAAGUAACACACCAAGCCCUAGAAACACACCAAGCCCUAGAAACACACCAAGCCCCAAGAACACACCAAGCUCCAAGAACACACCAAGCCCUAGAAACACACAAGCCCUAGAAACACACCAACCCUAGAAAACACCAAGCCCAAAAACACCAAGCCCUAGAAACACACAAACUCUAGAAACACACAAGCUCUAGAAACACACCAAGCCUAUAAAACACACCAAACCCUAGUAACACCCAAGCCCCAAAACACCCCAAGCCCCAAAAAACCCAAGCCUAGAAACACCCAAGCCCAGUACACCCAAGCCCUAGAAACACACCAAGCCCUAGAAACACCAAGCCCUAGAAACACACCAGCCUAGAAACACACCAAGCCCUAGAAACACACCAAACCCCAAGACACACCAGCCCAGAACACACCAAGCCUAGAAACACACCAAGCCCUAGAAACACACAAGCCCUAGAAACACACCAAGCCCUAGAAACACACAGCCUAGAACACACCAAGCCCUAGAACACACCAAGCCCUGAACACACCAAGCCCUAGAAACACACCAGCCCAAAUCACACCAAGCCCAUACAGAAAACACCACCAAGCCCCUAGAAACUCACCAAGCCCUAGAAGAAACACACCAAGCCCUUCAAACACACCAAGACCCUGAGAAACACACCAAGCCCUACGGAAACACACCAAGCCCUCGAUAGAAACACACCCAAGCCCUAGAAACACACCAAGCCCUCGAAACACACCAAGCCCUCUAGAAAAACACAAACCUCCUAGAAGAACACACACCAAGGCCCUAGAAACACCACCAAGCCCCAAAAAAACACACCAAGCCCUAGAAACACACCAAGCCCUAGAAACACACCAAGCCCCAAGAACACACCAGCAUCAGAGAAAAAGGGUAUAGUUUCACUUCAAUGACAUGCUCUCUACAGGCCCUCAGGCAACAAAUGACUGUUAUCCAAACAUGUUGGGGAAAGAAGAGCCCUUGAGGAUGCACACUGGGAGAGGGGAGGGGGUGGACAUUAGCACAUUUAGUACAAGAAGCAAAGUUAUUAUUAGAGAGUGUCAGGCUUGUGUCUUUUCAUUUCUCUGUCUGUGUGUCUGUCUGUCUGUCUGUCUGUCUGUCUGUCUGUCUGUCUGUCUGUCUGUCUGUCUGUCUGUCUGUAUGUCUGGGAAGCCGUGUGUUUGGUAGUAAUGGGAAGCCUUGUGUUUGGUAAUGAUGGGAAGCCUUGUGUUUGGUAAUGAUGGGAAGCCUUGUGUUUGGUAAUGAUGGAAAGCCUUGUGCUUGGUAAUGAUGGGAGGCCGUAUGUUUGGUAAUGAUGGGAAGCCUUGUGUUUGGUAAUGAUGGGAGGCUGUGUGUUUGGUAAUGAUGGGAGGCCGUGUGUUUGGUAAUGAUGGGAGGCCGUGUGUUUGGUAAUGAUGGGAGGCUGUGUGUUUGGUAAUGAUGGGAGGCCGUGUGUUUGGUAAUGAUGGGAGGCUGUGUGUUUGGUAAUGAUGGGAGGCUGUGUGUUUGGCUCUGCUCAGCAGUAUUGUGCAUAUGGGAGGCCGUCUUACAGGCUCAUUACUGUGACAUCAGCAGAGAGAUUGGAGUGAGCUCAGCAGUGGAAGCAGCAGCAGCAAGGCAGGGGCAGGAGAAUGAGAGAGCGGUGGGGACUCCGAGAGACACAGCAAGGCAGGGGGCAGGAGAAUGAGAGAGGGGUGGGGACUCCGAGAGACACAGCAAGGCAGGGGGCAGGAGAAUGAGAGAGGGGUGGCGACUCAGAGAGACACAGCAAGGCAGGGGGCAGGAGAAUGAGAGAGAGGUGGGGACUCCGAGAGACACAGCAAGGCAGGGGGCAGGAGAAUGAGAGAGGGGUGGCGACUCAGAGAGACACAGCAAGGCAGGGGGCAGGAGAAUGAGAGAGAGGUGGGGACUCCGAGAGACACAGAGGCCCAGAGCUGAAACAUAAGAAGCAGUAGGAACAUCAGCAGAAAAUACCUUGUUCCACCCCACUAACUCCCUGAGAGACAGGCACAGGGAUCUUACUUACUCUCUCACUCAAGGAAUAGUGACUCAUGACUUCGUAAUGUCAAGGCUAAUGUCUCCUUUUCUGACGACUCAUCCUGAAUUUAUCCUGAAUCCGCUGCUCUAUCCAUUGUUGCAUGCAUUCAGUCUGCAUCUGUUUUCCUAGAAGUCGUUUGCGUGACAUCAAAAUUACGGGCGUUGUACAAAACAAAUUAAUCAGCGAUUGGAUUGUCUCUAACAAAUCUAACCAAUCAGAGUAUCGAAGCUGAUAACGUCAUCGGUUUCUGGGACCAAUCAGAGUGGUCAGAAUGUGUUUGCAUUCUAGAAGUCGUCGGGGAUGGAGGCAAAUCCAGAAUCAUGGUGGAGAAGAAAGCCUAGUGGGCGUGGCAUUUGGCCGGAGCGAUGUGGAUGGUUAACCAGGCAUGUCUCCACCAUGUCUCCACCAUGUCUCCUCUAAAACAUUAUUGCAAUUACGGUUGCAUUUUGUUAUCCAACAAUGCCUAUACUGUAUUUGUACUUGCUGUGACUGGCCUUUUGAUUUCAAUAUAAAAUACAGUUUAACUUACCUUAAUUUGAAUCAUGCAUCCAUGUUUUCCGUGGACUACAGCUUCCAACGUCCUCUCUGUCUUCUCUCUCCCCCAGCUGUAUGCCUGGUUUUGGGCUGUAUAAUCUUUCCGGACGGCUGGGAUGCGGAGGUGGUGCGGGACCUGUGUGGGGAGGAGACGGGGAAGUAUACCCUGGGUAAAUGCUCUGUCCGCUGGGCUUACAUGCUGGCUAUUAUGGGCAUCCUGGACGCCCUGAUCCUCUCCUUCCUGGCUUUCGUUCUGGGGAACAGACAAAAUGACAUGUUCCUGGACGAACUCAAGGCUGACAACAGUAAAGGUGAGGGAUGGAUUAGACCAAGUCUGCAUCUGAAAUGGCACCAUUUUCUCUAUACAUUGGGUUCUGGUCAAAAGUAGUGCUCUCAGGAAUAGGGUGUCAUUUCGGACACACAAGUAUUCACUAAAACCCAUCUGUAAUUAAUCAACACUAGAUGCAUGUUGAUUUCCAAAGACAGAUACAUUUUCCUCUAUAUAGACAAGAGAUAGAUUGCAUAACCUGCACCCGUAGUUGACAUGUUUUCGGAAUGAUAAAAUAGGACAUCUGGUAUUGUAAUUCAGUUAGUGUACCCUAUUGCGCUCAUCAUGGAACUGCAUGAAAGAGGGUAGGAAUUUUCACCAAAGUCUAAUUCUCACUGUUUGCACAGGAUUGCAUCAGACUGUUCUGUUCAUAUUGACUGAUCAGAACAGGGAGAUGUUCAUUCAGGGGACUUUUGAAGAGACUGAUGUCGAAACAUUGUUAGAAGUCUUCUAACUCAUUCUCACAUAAAUUUAAUAGACUCCUCAUGAAGUUGUCAACUGUCAGAUCAGAGGAUUACAUCGUUUGGUAGGAAAAUAGGAUUUCUUUAUACUGUACACUCUAUAGUGGUUUCCAUGGUUACUCACCAGAUUCCAGUGGGAUAUAGCCUACUCUGCCCUGUCUCUCUCACCGCUCAUCUGAUUAACCUUGAACUAACUCACAGAUAGAGAUUAUACCAUGUGUAAUAUCUUGAUUUCUGUACAAUUAAUUACAUCCUGCAUACAACAAUAUUUGACUUUGUUCUUGCAGAUUUCGCUGUGUCCAGGGUAAGUGACUUUGUAAGUGAGCAGUUAACAGUGUCAUGGCUUUGUGCACCUUGGUCUGUGUUCGUUGUGUAGGGCUGAUGUGUAGUGUUGUUGAGGCAUCCAUGGCAGUGUUUGUCUCUAUGGAUCAGUGUGUUAGUCCCGUUACUCCCAUCUUGUACAAUAUAUGUUUGUCAGAAUAAGCUCCAUGCACUGUCUUGUUGUUUAUUGUAAAAUGUUUCUAUGUAAUGUGUAUUAUUUCAAUAUCCUUACAUGAUGUGCUGCUGGGAUACUUUUUUCUUGCCUUUAGAUUGAGGUCCAGGACAGAAGAAGCGACCCAAGGUAUGUUGCAGUCCAGAGGUUCCACUGAGGAGAUCCUUGCCUUGGAUGACCGCCCUCUGAGCGGAUCCUUGCCUUGGAUGACCGCCCUCUGAGCGGAUCCUUGCCUUGGAUGACCGCCCUCUGAGCGGAUCCUUGCCUUGGAUGACCGCCCUCUGAGCGGAUCCUUGCCUUGGAUGACCGCCCUCUGAGCGGAUCCUUGCCUUGGAUGACCGCCCUCUGAGCGGAUCCUUGCCUUGGAUGACCCCCCUCUUAGAGGAUCCUUGCCUUGGAUGACCCCCCUCUUAGAGGAUUCUUGCCUUGGAUGACCCCCCUCUUAGAGGAUCCUUGCCUUGGAUGACCCUCCUCUGAGGGGAUCCUUGCCUUGGAUGACCCCCCUCUCCUCUACUCCCUCUCAUCCAGUUAUCAGGCUAAUAUCCAACCCGGCUCAAUGCUCAGACCACAUGUACAGCAUUCUGUAA